CCGAUCCUCACGCCGAAAUGGAUCGCGUGCAUCCUGUUCGCGCUCGGGGCGCUGUUCAUCCCCCUAGGGGUGAUUUGCUACGUCGCGAGCGACGGCGUCGUGGAAGUGAGCGCUCGAUACGACGACGUCGCGAGCUGUACGUCGGGGUUCUUCUCCUCGGACGUCGAGCUCGCGACGUCGCAGCAGACGUUGGGCGCGGGGACGACGUGCACGGUGACGCUGACCGCGCCCGCGAAGAUGACCGCGCCGAUAUACGUAUACUACGAGCUCGAGAACUUUUACGCGAACCAUCGUCGGUACGUAAACUCGAGGAGCGACGAGCAGAUGAGCGGCGACGCUCGCGUCGACGACUUUUGCAAGCCGCAACUCUACGACGCGUCCGGGGAUGAGAUCACGCCGUGCGGGCUCGUCGCGUGGUCGUACUUCAACGACACGUUCGCGCUGACGGACGGCAGCGGCGCCGCGAUCGCGGUGUCGGAGACGGACAUCGCGUGGGACGCGGACGUGGACCUGAGGUUCGGCGAGAACGUCGCGCCGGCGAAUUUCAACGACGACGUCGCGACGCGCGGCGGCUCCGGACUGACGGCGGCUUCCUUAGAUAAGGACGAACACUUCAUCGUGUGGAUGCGCACGGCGGCGCUGAGCACGUUCCGCAAGCUCUGGGGGCGGAUAACGACGGACAUCGCGAGCGGGGAGACUAUCACGGUGACGAUCGCGAAUCGAUUCAACUCGUACAAGUACGGCGGCGAGAAGAGGAUCGUGCUGUCGACGACGAGCUGGCUCGGGGGGAAGAACAUGUUUUUGGGCGGCGCGUACCUGGGGAUCGGGUGCGGGUGCUGGGUCGCGAGUUUCGUGUUCGCGUACUUUCAUCUGCACCCGCCGCGGAGGCGCGGGGACGCGGUGGAGUUGUCCUGGAACAAGGGGUGA